CUUGUGAAACAGUCAGAGGAGGAAGAUCAUGAAGGAGUCUGACGGGUGAGUCCAGCCGAAGAUGGGAGGCAUGAGGGGGCAGCUAUUCCGUUUUAUGAUCGGCCUCCUGUUUCUGGCAAGCCUGCUGACCAUUUUAAUGUGGUACACGCUGGACAACAAAAAUUUGAAAAUUCGCAGACACCUGCCCAAAAUGAAAAUUGUCCCCCGGUCUACUGAUUCCUGCAAAAACUGUGGAGAGAGUAUAAAGAAAGCAUUGGAUAUUUACUACAAAAUCUGGAGAAAACAGGAGGACAGUUUCAAAAAUUUUAGUCAGCAGCUGAGCAGCAGGUGCCAUGGGUUAGAUAAAGCCAUCAUUAGCCAAAUGAACACUCCACUGGGAUCGAAGCUUGUUUAUGAUGGGGAAAAGAAGAGGACGGCUCAAAUAAAUGCAGAGAUCUUCAGCACCUUCCCAAAGGUUAGUCCUUUCUCAAACAAAACAAGGGCCUCCUGUGCCGUUGUUGGGAACGGCGGCAUCCUGGCAAACAGCCAAUGUGGAAAAAUGAUUGAUUCAGUUGAGUUUGUCAUCAGGUGUAACCUACCUCCUGUUUCAGACGGAUAUGAGAAACAUGUGGGUAGAAAGACAAACCUUGUGACAGUAAACCCAAGCAUCCUCUUAGAUAAAUACGGGUCUCUAAUGAAAAGCCGCCGUCCUUUUGUGGAGACGUUGCGGAACUAUGGUGACUCCAUUAUGCUUCUUCCUGCCUUCUCCUUUGGUAUGAGCACCCCUGUGUCUCUGCGGGCUUUCUACACUGUUGAGGACUUUAAAAGUCCCAUCCAGACUCUCUUCCUGAACCCACAGUACCUUGAGAAUCUGGCCGUCUUCUGGAAAUCUCAGGGCUUGAAGUCGCUACGGCUGAGCAGUGGCAUCAUGAUGACAAGCCUGGCGCUGGAAAUUUGUGACGAUGUGCAUCUGUACGGAUUCUGGCCCUUCAGUAUUCACCCACACAGCUUCCAAGACUUGAGUAACCAUUACUAUGAUAAUAAACCAGCUAAAAAGAACCUCCAUGCCAUGCCCAUGGAGUUCAACCUACUGCUGAACCUGCACACCCAAGGUGUGUUACAACUACACUUGGGGGACUGUGAACCAGGUGAUUAUUAUUAGUCUUGGAGGAAAAAAGAUUAAUCUAUCAAAACACGUAAUUUUCUUUUGAAUGAAAGGUUUUUAUAAUAAGAUAGAUGGUACACACCCAGAGGGAACAUAAGUUUUCUGUAAUUUGUAUAAAAUUACACUGCCAAGAAACGGUUUAGUUUCUUGAACAUUGGAAACCUUUGGAUAAUUUUUAUGUAUGUAGAUUCUAUAAUGGUGACAUAAAACCCUGUCGAUGUCUACUCAGGUUUGUGCCUUUAAAGGAAAUGUAUUAUGAAAAUAUACAUUUUGCACAUUUUUGUA